GCGGGAAACGGGAACGGGACAGUUGCUUUCUUCAUUGAAUAAUCUAAAUAAUUAUUACGAAGUGUUUUGUGUGUGUGUUUUGUGGUUAAUGAUCGCAUUAAGUUAGUGGGAAGACAUUCGCGAGUGUUAUUAUAUCGGAGUAUUCAAUAAACAAAGUGUAUCUGCCUAUUUUCGCUUCGUGUCAAGAAGCCGCUUCAUAACUCGAAACUUUAUGCGGACUUUUGAGUUAAUUCGUUUGGGGUUCGGAGUAGGAGUCUACUCCGAGGGUGGGGGCUUAGAUUUCAUCAUCAUCACCUUUCAUCAUUUCAUCAAUCAUCAAGAAAAAAAAAUACGUAAGACAUGGCUGUAUGGGCAUAGUUCCCUUUGCCUUACCCUUCGGGGAAAACCAAAACAAAAAAAAAAUUGACGUUCGAGGUUAUUUUCGUGUUUCUGUUUUGUAUUAUUACUAGUUUUUUUAAGUUAAAUUAAGCUGAAACAUCGUUCUGUUCUCUCGUAAUGUAUAUAGCACCAUAAAAGAUGUCGGACACAGAACUGGACGCAUCAGAACUAGGUACAAAGACGUACUGGCAGAGUACUUAUACGAAGGAGAUAAGCAACUUUGAAGAUCACGGUGAUACCGGAGAGAUAUGGUUCGGAGAAGACAGCGCUUGCAGAGUCAUUGACUGGAUUUGUAAUUGCGGGGUAGCAAAGGACACUGCUGUUGUUGACUUAGGUUGCGGCAACGGCUACACAUUGACAGAAUUGGCUCGGGAAGGCUUCACCAACUUGCUGGGCAUAGACUACUGUGAUGAAGCCAUCACGUUGGCUGAGAAGAUCGCUAAGACAGAAUUCCCCUUUAUUAAGUAUAAGAAAUUCGACAUAACCCAAGACAGUUCAAGCGAUUUAGGUCAGAAAUUCGGGUUGAUACACGACAAAGGAACUUACGAUGCAAUAAGUUUGAACCCCGAGAACCCUAAAGAACAAAGACAGAGAUAUAUAGAACAGGUUGACUGCAUGCUACAGGGUAAUGGUAUAUUCAUAAUAACAUCGUGUAAUUGGACAGAAGAUGAGCUCGCGAAGCAUUUUUCAGAGAAACUGACGUUGAGAUGCGUCAUACCGACGCCGCAGUUCAAAUUUGGCGGCAAAACUGGCAGUAUGGUGUCUUCUGUGGUAUUCGAGAAGAAAUAAAUGCUUUUUAUUGUU